UGUAAGACUCUAUAUGUUGCUAUUUGCCACAGGCUAUGUCUUGUCCAUUUGCAUGGCUUUAGAAUGUAACUGGAAAAGACAGUAUGAGUACAAGGGGAAAUGUUGUCAGAUCUGCCCUUUAGGUACAUUUCCCAUACAACACUGUACUAAUAGCAGUGAGAGUGUAUGUAAAAACUGCACAAACAUGAAUGACCACUGCUUCUGUAAUAAUAAUUUGUGUGAAGAUGAUACAUGUUCUAAAUGUUCUCCCACUAAAAAAUGUACACCAGGAGAAAAGCUCAUAAGAACAGGUUUAUUUAAAUUUAGAUAUAUUUGUGAACCGUGUCCAUCACAAACAUACAAUGAUGAAGAGAGAAAUAUCUGCAAACCUACAAUGGAAAACUUUGGCUUGCCUAAAAUAUUUCCUGAAAACACGACUCAAGAUGCAAAAUGUGGUUGCCAAGUAAUUAAUCAGGAGACUUUUAAUGGAAUGGUGGUAGGUGUAGCCAUCAUUGGCUUUUUUUCCCUGGCAAUGUUUAUUUAUCUCUGCAUAAGGGCUCGAGUACAAAGAACAAAAGAAAAAUAUCAUUCAACCUCAAGUUUCCUUAAAGUUCCAUCUGAUGAAUGUUGCUACAAGCUGUCUAAAGAAGAAAUAGGAGAAAUGGAACCUUAAGGGUUUCAGCUACACAAUCCCUGAAACAGAUACAUGGUGAACCAACAUUUCUGAAGCUUCAGGAUGAAACUGUGGAAUGACAGUAAGCAGCCAGUGGUUCCACUGUACCAGUCUUUAAACUUUUGAUCUCACUCUUGGAUCUUCAAUGGGGAAAAGAACUUUGCACAAAAGCUUCUCUGACAGCACAUGAACGCUUAUGCAAUAACUCAUCACCAGUUUACUUUGAAGUGUACCAUUCAUUAGUAGAUGGUGGUAUAUCAUUGAAAAAGCUUUCUGUGAUAAAUGUUUGCAGCAUUCUUGCAUACUAGCACUUAUAAGUAUUACUAUGGAUUACUAACCAUUACUAACCAACUAAGUUACUGAGUUCUCUUCUUAGAGCUGUCCUGAACAUGUUUUGGGUUGUGUCUAAUUUGUUCGAAUGGACCACUGUGCAACUAAUUGGAUUAUAUUACAUCAUGUAUAAAUGAUCAAUAAAAAUGUUACUGUAAAUAAUAAAUAAUAAUAACAAAAAGAAGAAAACGCAGAUAAAAAAAAUAAUUUAUUACACCCAUACAAUUAAUUAAGUUAAUCAGAAAAUUUUAUUAAACAUUAAUUUAUUUCACCUUUGGUUAAUUGGACAAUUAAUUGUAUUCAGUUCAAUUCAGUUUUAUUUGUAAAGCGCUGUUAACAAUGGAUAUUUUGUCCCAAAGAAGCUUUGCAAAGAUAAAGAGAUGAGAGUGGCAAGGAAAAACCCAUCCUCGUCUGUUUUAUAUGCUUUAGUGUUAUGACCCAAAAUAUUUGCAAUAAACUAAAAUGUUAAAGGCUAUUAGCAACACUUGAGAAUUACUAUAUAUUGGAAAUACAUGACACCCACAAAGGAAAAAGGACUAAUUACUAC